AUGGAUUCUAAGAAUUAUGAGAAUGUUGAUCAAAUCUUGAUAAAAAGAAAAUGGUCAUUAGCUUUCAAUUUAUUACUUAAAGAAUCAACAAACCAAAAGUUAUUUGAAUAUUUAUCAAGUGAUGCAAACUACAUUGUUGCAUAUUUUAUCGAAAACUUGAAGGAUUAUGAUGAUUUAUAUUUAAUAGAGAAUGUGGAUGAAAAAAAAGCGAACAAAGUAUGGAAUGAAGCUAUCAAUUUAUUAACUGAAAGACCAUUUUCAACAACCAUGCAAGAUGCUGAAGAUAAGCUGCUAGCUGAAAUGCGUCAUAUAUAUAAAUCAGAUUCUGCAUGGAAUUGGAUUGCUGAAGAGUUUUCCAAAGAAACAUUCUCAAAUGAUCAAGAAAUAUUGAAUUUUUUUAACCAAUUCACAUUCAGAAUAAUUGAUUUUGAAUUUCUCAACAAAUUUGCAAAUGGAAUCGUCAAUCUCAAUGAAGCUGAAAAUUUCUUUUUUCGAGCACGCCUUAAAAUUGCUAUCAUUUUAUCUACAAAUAAUCAAUUAAUCUCACCUCAGCAAGCAAAACUAUUUUUAAGUCUGCAUAUUUAUAACGAUAAAUUAUUAAAAGAAGAAAAAAUAUGCAUUCAUAAUUAUAUUCAAUAUGAUUAUAUUAAUGAUCUUAAACGCUCAAUCUUUGAUGACAUAAUCAAAGCCAAGAAAGUUUUAGAAAUGACAUUACCUAAUUCAUGGGAUGAAAUAAUGAAUGCUAACAAAUUAUUUGAAAAAGGAACAUUUGACGUGAGUGAAGAUGACAUGAAUGAAAUCAAAAAGCAAUUCUUAGUUUCGGAUAAAGCAUCACAAAUUAUAUCACCAAAACUUCCAGAUAACAAUAAAUCUAAUGAAAUUAGUUUGGAU